AUGAAUAGUUUCUUAGUAAUAGCUGUUUUAUUUCUUAAGAAGUGAAUUUGAACAAAUUUUAUUUAAUGACUACCUCAUUAUGUAACUGGAAAACACAAUCAUAAGAAAACUGUUAAUUAAAUAUUUUGUUUGUUGUUAACAAAUGUUAAUGUUAUUCUGUACUUAUAACAAAUGGUUUAAUGUGUUAGAAAUUAAUAAUAAUCUGUAAAACGCUGUGUGGAAUACCACUAUUGUAUGCUAUACAAUAAUACAUGUAUUGUAUUAGGUACAUAAAUGUUAUAACUUAGUAAAUUAUAAUAUAAAUUCUGUGGUGCUCUAUUAAAAAUUUCAAAUACAAGAUUAAAUACUUUUAUUUAAAAACUUAAAAAUUUAAAAAAAAUGUAUUCAUUUUAAUUUUAAGAUCUUUUAUUCAAGCAUCAUAAUUAUUAUCUUAAUCUAUUAGCUUAUGCCAUAUUCCUAAAUAAUUACGAUUAUUUAAGGAUUUUAAAAUAGUUCAUAAUAUUCUAAUUCUUCUAGAUACUUGGAAUUAAGUGUAUACAUUCAACAGUUUAAAUUAGAUGAAGAAUUACUGGAAACUGCACUAAAAAAGUUUCUAAUUUUGCCUCCAAUUUUUAUAACUGAUUUACAAACUUUAAUUGUCGUCUUAAAAUUACUAAACUUUGCAUUAAAAAAAAGUAUGUAUGUUAAUUGUUUAAUAAUAUAUUAGACAUUUUAUAUCAUUCAAAAAAUGUAAUGUUUUUUUAUUAAUUUACUAUUUUAAUUUGAAGAAAGAUUAUUUUUUUUAAUAAACUAUCAAGUUUCUUGUGUAAAAUGUGGUUUUAAUUAUUUUAGGAAUAUUAAUAAACAAAUUGAAUUGGGUUGCUGAUGCAUUAAUUAAAUCUGAAUCCAUGCAUCAUAAUAUGGCAGAUGAUUUUAAAAAUGAUGAAAAAUCAAUAAAAUUGGUUUGUAAUUCAAUUAAAUAUAUAAUAUAUUAUUAUAUACAAUUUAAUUUAUUUUGAUUCUUUUUAGUGUAAUCAAUUUUUUGUUGAACUAUAUGAAGUAUAUUGGCUUUGUUUAAAAAACUUUAUUCAUUUUUCCACUUCAAAUCUAACAAAAUUGUUAUUCAAUCAAUUAUCUUCUACAAAAAAUGAAUUUGGUAUUUAAGCAUAUAAAUUAAGUAAUAAAAUGUCUGCAUAUUUAUAUUUGUCUGUAUUAGUACACCUACUUAAUGUUUUAAACAUAUUUUGAAAUAUUUAUUAUAAUUUUUUUUUACUUUUUAGUUUCAUUUCAACUAAAAAAUUGUUUUUAUUUUUAUAAUGAUUUUUAGCAGUAACUCAGAAUUUAUUAUUUAUUUGAAUAUCAUUAAAUAAUAUUAUUUUUUUUUUUUAGUUUUAUUUCAGAUUAAUAUGAAGUGUCUUACUGUGCUUACAGAAAAUAAAAAAAAUAUUGAUAACAAUCUUGUAAAAACUUAUUUAUCCCAAAUUAUGUCAUUAAAAACAAUUUUGAUGAAUAAUUCAGGUGAAAAAAAUUUACAGCGAAAUUAUUUAAAGAUCUUGAAUCACAUUCUCCAUCAUACAAUAUUAGUGCCAAAUGUAAAAUAAAAACUAAAUUUAUUAUAUUCCCAACUGAAACAUUUAUAAUAAAGUUGUAUCAAUCUUUAUUUUAGAUUUGUGAAGUAUGGGGUAUGUAUGACUGGGAAUCAUGGACAUGGUCAAUGAUACAUAGUACUGAUCCAUUAGUGCGGGCUCUAGUUUAUCAGUUUUCAGCUGGUUUAGCAGUUAUUGAUAUUACAGUGUCGCCUAAUUUAAUUCAACUUGCAUUAAAGUAUUUACUUUAGUUUAUUUAAACAUCAUUUAAAAUUAUUAUUAUUUUCAUGAAACGAUUAUAAACAUUCAUUUUAUAGUUAUUUCUGUGAGUCAAAUCGUUUGGAGAAUUGUGUUGUAGCUGAACAGGCUACCAUAUUUUGUUCAAAUAUAUUUUGCAAUCCAAAGUUUAAAGUAAUUUAUCAAUUUUAAUUUUAUUAACAUUAUGUUGCUAAAAAAUAAUUUUUUUUUUUUCAGCGCUUAUGCCUACAUUAUAUUAACAAACUAGAUUUUAAUGCUUUUGUUCAAAUUAUAAAUUUGUGUUUACAGAAUGAUUAUACAAAAUCAGGUAAAUUAUUUGAAUGAAAAUAUGAAAUAAUAUAAUUUAUUAUUUAAUGUAUCUAGAUCUUUUUUUUUUUUUUUUUUUUACAGAAAAUAAAAAUUUUUCUACAUCUCCAAAACUUGUAGCUAACAUAUGCUGCAUGCUUUACAAUAUGUUUACAUUGACUGAAUUGGAUUUACAUCAACUCGAUCAAAAUAAUCAAUUUGUUCUUGCACUUAUUAUGUAUGUAAUUAAUUAUUUAACUUUAUUGAUAGUGUAAAUUUACCUUAUACUUUUCUUUUUCAAACAAACCUUGGACAUAUUUGACACUUAUCUUGAUUUCACAUUAAUUUCUAAAUAAAAUAAAAUAAUUUCUUUUUUGUUAAUCUAUUAUUGGCCACCAUUAUAAAGGGUUUAUAGUAAAUAAUCCCAUAUCUUAAUAAGUUAAAAUUCAUAUUUGAAUAAGUUUGUAUUUAAUGAAUUUGUAAAAAUCUGUUUCAUUUAUUUCUAAUUUCAGUGAUUUAUUUUUUAUUUUUUGUUUUAAAUGUAUAAACUGUUAGUUAAUUUGAUUUAUAAAUUAUAUUAAUAUGAUAGUAAAAUUAAUUUAUUUAAUUUAAUGUUAAUAGUAUAAUUUGUAGGUGUUUAAAAAGAUAUUUGACUCCUAUAUGUAUUGAAAAGCCAAAUGUAAUGGAAAUGUGUGGUCGCAUAUGUUCCAUUCUUACAUUAUUUAUACCUACAAGCAAUUAUAGUUUUGAAAAUUUGAUAACUUCUUUAAAUUUAAUUUAUGAAAAAAUUAAUAUUGAUUUAGGUAAGAUAUAUAUUUUAUUCAUCUAUUAUUUAUAGCUAAAUAACAAGUUAAAAAAUGAACAAUUUUUGUGUUUUAGACCAUUGCACAACUAUGGUAUGGAGAUCAUUAUUUAAACUGACAAAUACGGUUCUACAAUAUACAAAUAAUAAAAGUUGUAUUAUUACAGAUAAUUUAAUAUCAGCUUUAUCAAGAAGUAUAACUUCCAAAAAUAAUGAUUUAUGUAAUGAUGCGUUGAAUACCAUUUCUGCAGUAUGCUCAAAAUUAUCUCAAAGUAAAUAAUUUAAUAUUCUACUAUUAUAUUUAUAAAUUGCAAUUUUCAAGUUUAUAUCUUUUGGAAGUGAUUAUUAUUGUAUUUUAAAAGUGGUUAGAAUAUAUUUGUAUUUGUAUUUGUAUUAUUACUGUAAAUAAUUUCUUAAAAAAAAUAUUUUCUAUUAAGUGGUUUUAUGACGAGAAAUAUUAUAAGGAAAAUGUCCAAUAUCCAUAUUAAAAAAUAAAAAUAUUUAUAUAUAAAGGUCAAAUAAUAUAAGGUAAUAGUUUUGUUUUGCUUUUUACUAAAAAUGUAUUUAAUACAAUAAUACACUUAUUAAAUAAAGAUAUGUAUCUAACAGUUUAUAUAUUUUUAUGUUGAUAAUUUACAUAGGUUCUUUAUAUUGAAAAUUCAAUUACCAAGUCAAAUAUUUGAGAUAUCAACAAGAUGAAUUAUUGAUAGAUAUUUAAUAAGUUCUAUACAACUAUAAUAGUUUUUUAAAAUUAUUUUAUUUUAAAUUUAAUAUUAAAUGAAAACUGCAUUGAAAUUACUUAUCCAAACAAUAAAAAAAAUAUUAUAAUAGUUAAAACUUUUUGUUUUCUAGUAUUAUUACAAAUAAUAUAAUAUGGCAUAUAACUAAAUGACAGUCAUUAUACCAGUUAAAAAUAAAUAAUAUAAUAUUUUGGUUUCAUUAUGUAAUAAAAUAUAAAUUAAUAAAAAACAAUAGAUGAUUUUUGAACAUGUGUUUUUGAUUUUGUGUAAAAUAUAUCUUUAUUUUGAUCAAUCAUAUUGUAAAAAUUAAUAGUGGGUUCCAGAAUGUGUAUAAAUUGUUCAGACUAUACCUACAUAAUAACUAGGCUUUAAAGCCCAAUUAAUUAUUUUAGUGAAGAUUAAUUUUGAUUUCAAAUGUUUGUUUUGGUUUGGGUUAUGUUUAUAAGUUGGUUUUGGUUAACCAUAUUAUCAAUAUGGGGUAAUAGGGUUAGGGUUCGGAUUUUUGAAUAUAUUAACCUAAAAGUAAAAAUAAAUCUAUAAAAAAGUAGUAAUUUCGAUGUUCAUGAGUCGUGUUAUCCAGUUUUUGUUAUAGUCAUCAAGACACAGAAAACAGUGGGUCUCCACAAGUGAAAUUAUCAUUAAGUUAUGGUUCAAUUGAUACAAAUACCUAGUAUGGAUUUGAUUAAUUAAUAAUUAUAUUCUUAUGUUUAAAUUGUUAUUUGGAUUAUUAUUAGUUUCAGAUUUACAAUAUUAUAACAGUUAGGUAAAAACUGUAAGAAACUUUUGAAUCUAUGGAGUCUAUUAAUUUACUAUUGCACUUUUUUUUUCUGUAAACAACUUUUCAAAAAAAAGAAAUAUAUCUUGCACCGAUAAAUAGUGUAUAGUACCUAUUCUUAAAGAAAAUCUUGUUAAAUUGGUGCAUGUUGGAGAGGUCCGUUUUUGCUUUACCAAAGAGUUUUAAUUUAAUUAUUCAGUUUAAUUAUUUUACUUUAAAACGACAUUUGAUUGACAAAACAUCACUAUUAACUGAACUCCGCUCAGAAUCGAUUUUCGUAAGCAAUGGUUUAUCAUUGCUUACAGGUAUACAUUACAUUAUUUAUAAAAGUGGCUGAACCCUAUUAUCUUAUGACAUAUUUUUUUAAUGUAAUUCAGAUUAAUAUAUUCGUAGAAACUUAAAAUUUAGACCAAAUAUUAUAUUUGCCUUUUCUAGAUAUGGUAAAAUUUUCAAGACAUUUUAAUUUAAAGAUUUCAUUAUUUUAUUCAUUACAUUUUUUUUCUAUUAUUUUUUACCAAAAAUCCUGCUCCAAAUUUUAAUAUUAGCAUCUUUUAUAAAAGAAAAUUUGGUUUAGUUAAUAAGUAGGAAAAUCCUUUCUUAUUUUUCAAAGUAUUUUUAAUAUUGUUUUUUUUGUUAAAAAUGUUGUGUAGGUAAAAUUUUUUGGAAAUGUAAGAAAAUUUUACUUGAGGUUCAUGAUACAUUUUCUAAAAUUAAAUAUUUAGCACAAGAUAGUACUUUUUUUUUACGUGGAAUUUAUAGAAUUUAAAACAAAACCAAAUUUAACCGAACAUGGCUCAGAAUCGUAUUUUAUUAGUAAUGGUUUAUUGUUUAUUGUUGAGUACAAAUAUAAAUCAAAUAAUUUAUAUAUAGUAUCUUUCUAACUUCCCACCUACAACAGUCACACACCCAUCAGUAGUAAAAACUCUGUUUUUUUUUUUACCUCAAGUUUUGCAUAUGAUGAACUGAUUAACUGAUGGUUAAAUUUUCAAGCCAACCUAUUCACAUAAUCAAUAAAACUAAGUAACAGCCAGAAUGUUUUAAAAAAAUCUACCACUUCUAGGAAACGCUAAUCUAAAAUAUAUUAUGUGAAAAAUUAUUCAUUAAUUAAUUUAGUAUAUUAUUUUUAUUUCAUUUAGAGUUUGCUCAUAGUCUAUGUAAAGUUGUAAUUGAUACUUUAAUCUUGAAUUGGCAACAAAAACUAAAACGGAAAAUUUUAUUAAUCACAUUAUCAAACAUAGUUCUUGAACAUCCCUUUACAUAUGAAACAGUUAAACAAGACAAUUUAUUAUGUUUCAUGAUUACUAAAUUGAAAAUUAUGCAAUUACAAAUGACUAAACAAUCAAGUAAAAAUUUGGUAUGUACCUACAAUACCAAAUAAUUAUUUUGAAUAAUUAUAUUUACAUUAAAUAAUGAUCAUUUUAAUAUUUUAGAAAACGUUACAAAAUGAUUAUUUAGAAAUUGUGGAAUUUUGUUGCAAUAUAUUUCAUGGAUGCAUUCGUGCUAGAGAAAAUGCUUCCUCUGAAUUGCCAGACAUUAUUCAUAAACUUUGGCCUAUUGUUGCUGCCAAUCCUAAAUCAGAUAUGCUAAUUUGUACAAUUCAGAUGCUUAUAUCACUUACGUCGAAUUGUCCUUCUGGUAAGUUAAAUGUUAUAAUUUAUAUUAAUUUUUCUUAAUUUAUAUUUAAAUUGUAGAAUAAAAUAUUGGAUUAUUAGGUUCUUCAGCUUUUAAAUAACAUUGUUUUAUUAUUCAUUUUUAUAUUAUGUAUUUUGUACUAUCUGAACAUAGGCUGUAUAAAUAAUGAUUAAAUAAUGUCGCAGUUUGUCCCUACGCUGUAAGAAUUUUCAAAAAAUUUACUUAUCUGUUGUUCUGCACUUUAUAAUUCAAAUUUUAAAUGCAUACUAUAUUUAUUAUCAUUUAUGACACAUCAGCUAUCUACACUUUUAUAAUUAUUAUUGCACGUGUGUUGUGUGUAACAGUAAUAUUCAGCUUAUUUAUAUUGACUGAAGGACAAUUCAGCUACAAUUUAAAUAUAGGUGAAAAAUAAAGAUUAGAUAAAUCAAGGUCAAGGAUGUGGUAAGUGUUCUUCCAUAAUAGUGAAGUUAAUUUUUUUACCCUAUUGAAUAAAUGCUACUUAUGUAUUUUAUUAUUUUUGUUUAAAUCGAAGACUGAUAAAAGAGAUACUUAUUUGUUUUCAUUACUUUCACAUGCCUAGAAAUGUUUAGAGGAUAAAUUUUAAUUCAUAGGAAAUAGUAAAACAUUAAAUUUAAAUUUGAUUAUUGAUUUUGACAUUCUAUUAGUUAAACUGUAGUCAAUUUUUAAUUUUAAAUUAUUUAUAGCAUGCAGUGCAAUGACAAUGACUAGCAGUACUCUGGGAGUAGAUCCAAAGUCAAAAUGUACUUCCUACUCAUUGUUUCAUGAAAUUAUUUCAUUGGCUAGUGAUUUUCAUUUACAUGGAGAUAUACUGAAUAUUACACUUCUUUUAAUUUUGAAUUGUUGUCAAGCUCAAGAAUGCCGUAUAAUCAUUGCAAAAGUAAAGAUUUUAUUUAAAUUUUAGUAUAAUAAAAUUUUAAUUACGUUUAUGUGUACAAAUAUAUAUAUUUUUAUUCCAGAGUAAAUUAUUAUCAAAUAUUGUAUCUGUUCUUGAUCUCAAAGAUAAAAAACGUUUAAUUAAAAUUGAACAACAAUGCUUAAACUUAUUAUUGAUUUUUUCAAGUUACAGCGAAGGACAAAUAAACAUUUUAAAAGUAAUAGCAAAUUAUUAUUACUACUAUUUAAUUAUUUUAUUACUUUACACUUAUAUUUCUAGAUUGAUUACGUUUUGGAUACUUUGGUGAAUCUUUUGAACUCAAAUUAUAAAGAUGAUUCUAUAGCUAUAUUGAGAAAUUUGUGUUUUAAUGUACAAAAUCGCAUUAUUGUUUUGUCAUCAGGUAAUUUGCUGAAAAUAUAAAUUUGAACAGUAUAAAAAUUAAAUUUGUAUUACUCUUUCCAGAUGUGUUUAUGAAUGGAAUUAAAACCAUGUUAGAAAUGGGGGAAAACCUUUCUAGCCAGCAGUUUAAAGAUAUAAGCCUAGCUUUAUGGGCAAUUGCAUACAAGAGUCAAAAAUCACGUCUUCAACUACGACAUUGGGGUAUAGAUAAGUAUUAUGAGAAAUGUUCUAAUUUAUUAACACAUGAUAAUGAAACACAAAAUAUUAUUAAGAGAACUUAUCAAAUUUUAAAACACUGA